AUGGAGAAAAUUAUCAGAAACAGCAAUAUUCUUCAGCUCUUUCUCUCUCAUGGACUCUUCAAAACAAAGGGUUUCCUCUCUUUUAUCUUUUACCACUUCCAAUCUCUCUGCAACUCCUGGACAUCAUCAUCAUCAUCAUCUAGAACUGAUGUGAAACCCAGUUGCAGAAACCAGAAUGAUCAGAGUCGUCCAAACAAGGUGAGAUUGAGCAGAGAGGAUGUGAUGAUGGUGAUGGUUGAAUUGGGACUGAUCAGUGCAGAAUCAGACGGGAAGAGGGUAGGGGAGAAGAUUGGGGAAGAAGAGGUCGAAGCAUUGUUCGAGAAAGAACCAAGUUUCGAGGAGUUGAGGGAUGCCUUCGAGGUGUUCGAUGAAAAUGGAGAUGGCUUCAUAGAAGCAAAAGAUUUGCAGAGAGUGUUGAAGUGUCUGGGAAUGCAGAGAGAUCUUGAAGAGUGUGGGAAAAUGAUUAGUGCUUUUGAUCUGAAUGGAGAUGGACUCAUUGAUCGAUCUGAGUUUGUGAAGCUUAUGGAACAGAGCUUUGUGACGUAGAUGAUAAGCCAAACCCAUGAUCACCAUAAUGUGUUCCUUCAUUGCUAAUUUCGGACAUGAGUUUUUUUCCCUCCCUUUCUAUUUUCGGUUCCGCUGAUGGAGACCUUAUUGUAGA